AUGCCAGAAAAGCUAAAUGACCUGUCAUUCAAACACAAGAUUGGCAAGCUGUCUUUUCACAUCCUAUCCCCAGAGCAGAUAUCCCAGCUAAGUGUGGUCACUCUCGACAGCAAGACUCUUUACGACAUCGAAUCCAGGAAGCCAUACUCUGGCGGGCCUUUGGAUCUAAGAUUGGGCGUGUCCACAAAAUCUGGAAUAUGCAGUACUUGCAAAGAGAAUAUCCAGAAUUGUGCUGGACAUUUUGGGCAGAUUCAGCUCAUCCUUCCAUGCUACCACAUUGGAUUUUUAAAGCAAACCCUCUCCAUUCUGAACUGUAUUUGCAAGACAUGCGGUGCUUUACUUAUUGGUUUUAGCAGAAAACUAAGCUAUUCGUCCUCUUCUCAGAACAUUGACGACAGUCGCAGCAAUUCUAUCAAUUUUGAUGCUGUCAAAAAUGAAUGUAGAAAUAUUAAGGUAUGCCACAAGUGUAAAUCCUCAAAUGGAACUAUAAAGAAGAACACUGGAUUUAGAAUAUAUCACGAAAUUAAAAAUAGCAAGGGUGAAUCUACGCUUAUUGAAAUCAAUCCUCAGACUUGUCUGAAUAUAUUUGGAAUGAUAGAGGAGGAAGACUAUCCGUUCCUGAACUUAAAGGAUGAUCCUUGUAACCUGAUUAUUCAAAAUAUCCUUGUUUCUCCUAGCUGUAUUAGACCUAGUGUGGACAUGCAGGAUGAAGGAUUCAACGAGGACGAUUUAACUGUUAAGCUGAGUGAAAUUAUUAACACCAAUAAGCUACUUGAGGACAGUAUACGAAAGGGCAACUCGUUGCCAAUAAUCAAUGAGGAUUGGGACUAUCUCCAGUUGCAAGUAAAUCUACUAAUAAACAGCGAUUUGCCCUCUGUCAGUAUGGUUAGCACUCCGAUUCGAGGAUUUGUUCAGAGAUUAAAGGGUAAGACAGGAAGAUUUAGAUGUAAUCUAAGUGGAAAGAGAGUUGAUUUUAGCGGAAGAACUGUGAUAUCUCCGGAUGCAAAUCUAAGUGUCGAAGAAGUAGGAGUGCCUAUGCAUAUUGCUAAGAUUCUUACUGCACCUGAAAAGGUAACUUCAUUUAACAUAGCCUUUCUCACAAAGCUAGUUAAUAACGGAGUGGAUAAAUGGCCUGGUGCUAAUUUUAUAAUCACAAAAGAUGAGAAGGGCAAAGAAUUCAAAAGGUUUUUGAUGUAUGGUAAGAAUAAGGAGUUGAAGGUUGGUGAUGUAGUCGAGAGGCAUCUUCUGGACGGCGACAUUCUACUUUUUAAUAGACAGCCGUCUCUCCACCGCAUGAGUAUAAUGGCACAUAAAGCCAGAAUACACCAGCACAGGACUCUGAGGUUUAACGAGUGUGUGUGUGCUCCAUACAAUGCAGAUUUUGAUGGAGAUGAAAUGAAUAUUCAUUUCCCUCAAACAUUUGAAGCAAGGGCAGAAGCCGAGGAGCUGAUGGGGGUAAAGCAGAAUAUUUGUACUGCUAGAAACGGGGAGCCUCUUAUUAGUUGCACUCAGGAUUUUCUUACCGGGGUGUAUCUUCUGACAUCAAAAAAUGCUUUUUUUACCCGUAAGGAAUUUUCCCAGCUAUGCUCAUAUGCUUCAGGUAAGAAGUUUCAAAGAAUCGCUAUUCAUCCUGCAAUCAUCUUGCCAAUAGAGCUUUUUACUGGCAAGCAAGUGUUUGAAUUUCUUAUUGAGUUUUCACUUUCGUUUGCUCCCAAGAGCUUUACCAGUAUUUAUCCAUCACAGCCUAGUGUGACACAAAGCAAUAUAAAUGAUAUUCCAAGAAAGAAUAUAAAUUUGAAAGCUAGAAAUCGCAGCUUCAAGGACGAGGACGAUCCUAACGACGGGUAUGUCGAAAUACUAAACAAUCGAUAUAUCUGUGGCCGUUUAGAUAAGUCGAUAAUUGGCGGCGAGAACAGGAAAGGAUCUUUGAUAUACCAACUACUGAAAGUAUCUAAAGAAUGUGCAGUGGUAGCUAUGAAUUCUAUUUCUAGCCUCGCUUCACGAUAUCUUUCCGAAAAAGGAUUUUCAAUAGGCCUUGAUGAUGUAUUUCCAAGCGAAAUACUGAUCAAAGAAAAGCAGUCUGUUAUUGAUAGGGUGUAUAAAGAAGUAGAUUCGUAUAUUAAUGCUAUUAAAAACCCGAUUGAUCUAGAAGGCAAGGUAUUAGUUCUCAACCAGAUUCGAGAAGAGUGUGGUAGCAUUUGCUUAAAAGAAUUGAAAAAGAGCAAUAGCAUAAUAGUAAUGCAAGAGUGUGGGAGUAAGGGAUCCAAAAUUAAUGUUGGCCAAAUGAUUGCCUGCGUUGGCCAGCAAACAGUCUCCGACAUGAGAAUACCAGACGGCAUGAUUAAUAGAACACUACCGCACUUUUCAGCACACAGUCUAUCAUCUGAAAGUAAGGGGUUUGUGCUAAACAGCUUCUUUUCUGGUCUGACAAGUUAUGAGUUUUUCUUCCAUGCUGUUAGUGGGCGCGAAGGCCUGGUGGACACAGCUGUUAAGACAGCAGAAACAGGCUAUAUGCAGAGGAGACUGAUGAAAGCAUUGGAAGACUUGAGUGUAAAAUAUGACUAUACUGUUAGAAAUUCUGCUGAAGAUUUAAUUCAGUACCACUACGGAGAAGAUAAUGUCCAAACAGUGAAAGACGAGGGAGAAGAGUUUUUAGAAUGGAUUUACAGCGAAAGCAUGUCUAACUUCAAUUCUAAGUUCGCAAAAUGCUCAGAUGCAACCAGCUCAAGUGGUUAUGCUGGCAGCAAACGCAAUGCUGGUGCUAGGAACAGUUGGCAAGACAACCAUCAUGAACAUCAUGCAAGAAUCCCUGUUUAUGUCGAUCAAACAGGCUUUAAGGAUUUUGCGGCCAAUGAAGAUUCCGCUUUUUUAAAUGGGCUUUCCAAGCCUAGAACCGUAACAACUCCUAACAGUAAUUUAUCCACAGGUUAUAGACUGUCCAGCAGAGCCAAUUCUCCUGAAGACCAACAUAUUGGCAGCAUGGUCGAUGGCCAUUGCUUCAGCGAUGUUGUCAGCUAUGGAUUUGUGGGGGAGUCCUUUGACAUUUCCUCAUAUAUUGAAUCUUACUAUCGAAAGAACAUCGUUGGGGAUGAUGUCUAUUUCAUUUCAGAAUCUACUUCUCAUUUCCUGGAUAAGCUUAUUGAAAAUCCAGUGUCCCGUAGCCUUAUAAACCCUAAAUUUAUCGAGGGUCUUGUAGGCUUUCUAAGGAAGAAAAAAAGCGAAUCAUUUUUCUACCUCGGGUUUUUCUACAGGUAUUUUCAAAACAGGCACUUUAUCAAAGAGUUCUUCUCAAUUUUAGCAACUAGAAUGUGGAAUAAAAUUGUUGAUCCAGGAACUGCUGUAGGGGCUAUUGCUGGACAGAGCAUUGGCGAACCGGGGACACAGAUGACCCUCAAAACGUUCCACUUUACAGGAGUGGCAAGCAUGAAUGUUACUUUAGGAGUGCCAAGAUUGAAGGAAAUAAUAAAUGCAAGUGCCAAUAUUUCAACACCCAUUAUUAAGGCUAAACUAAUGACCAAGGGACUUGAAAGUGCGAAGGUUGUCAAGGGACGUAUUGAAAAACUUUUAUUUAAGGACAUAGUUUAUAAAAUAUCAUAUGCUACCACACCCGACAGAAUAUCUCUUAGCUUCUCUGUCGACCAGAACUUGGUGGAAAAAUUAAGACUAGAAAUUGGUAUUGAUCAAAUAGGAGCUAUUCUCAAUGCAGCAAUCAAGGGGUCGUCUGUUGAGGUGCAGAAUGACACUAUUACAUAUUCCAUCAAAAGAGUCAAGGAGAACAGCUAUUUCCAGAUUGAGAAAACAAGAAAGCAGCUUCUAAAUACGAAAAUCAGUGGGAUUGAGGGUGUUAAUAGAGUGAUAGUCAACUGCUUAGAUAAGUCUGUGGAUGAAUAUGAGCUGCUAGUUGAAGGAAGAUGUCUGGGGAAAGUCUUAAAUGUGCCUGGAGUGGAGUCGCUUAGUACUACUAGCAACGAUAUUUUGGAGGUGGAGAAGACACUGGGAAUAGAAGCAGCGAGAUCACUGAUUAUGAAGGAAGUUGAAUACACGAUGGGAAAGUAUGGAAUAAAGGUAGACCAUAGGCAUACGAUGCUGCUUGCGGACACCAUGGCAUUCAAAGGAGAGAUACUGGGAAUAACUAGGUUUGGAAUAGGCAAGAUGAGGACGUCAACAUUAAUGCUUGCAUCUUUUGAACAGACUGCAGACUAUCUGUUCAAUGCAGCUAUUCGUGGCCUUGACGAGUACGUUAGGGGUGUCAGCGAAUCGAUUAUUCUUGGAAUACCCAUUUCACUUGGAACAGGAGCAAUGAAGCUUUACUGGAAAACCGAAACUUAA